AUGGCAGACGGCUUCCAUCCCCACGGCCAUCCCGUGCCGUCCAACAUCGAUGCCGGCGAACUCACUCACCAAUUUGAACAACUAAUGCGCAACAAGCGAUUCAACCGCCUUCAAGAACAGUCGCAGCAAUCUCGUUCUCAUUCUCCUUCGCCAGCUUUGUCUGCUUCUCCCGCUGCUUACCCUCCACCACCCCCUUCCCGGGCGCCACCACCGCCGCCCCCGAUGGCUCAUCACCAGUACCCUGCCUCUCCUCAACCGCAACAUCAAUCUCACAGAGCAUCGCCCUCGCCGGCAAUCAGAGGCCUUCCGGUUGUUCCUGCGCCUCCGCAAGAUCCUCCUUCGCUUAAAUUCCGAAACCUGCUCCAUGUCCUGUCUGUUACGCCGACCAAAUACGAAAACCCUGGCCUCCUGGAUGAGGCCUUGGCCUUGAUUCCGCUCGAUAGGUUGUACUCGGAGGCAGAAGAGGAAAGCCAGAUCAUCCAGGCUCAAGCCGCCAGUAUAGGGGGAAAGCCUGAAUGGGGUUACCAGGAUUGCGUCAUCAGAGCUCUCUUAAGAUGGUUCAAGCGAUCGUUCUUCCAAUUCGUCAACAACCCUUCCUGCCCUCGAUGCUUUAUGCCUACGAUCGCUCAAGGCAUGACUCCUCCUUCUCCCGAUGAGACCGCCCGUGGUGCCACCCGUGUCGAACUCUACCGAUGCUCUGAAAACACCUGCGGCGCCUUUGAACGAUUCCCUCGCUACUCGGACGUCUGGCAGCUCCUGCAGACUCGUCGUGGUCGUGUUGGUGAAUGGGCCAACUGCUUCAGCAUGUUCUGCAGGGCGAUUGGUGGUCGUGUGCGCUGGGUCUGGAACUCGGAGGACUACGUCUGGACAGAGGUCUACUCGGAGCACCAGAGACGAUGGAUCCACGUCGAUGCAUGCGAAGAGGCAUGGGAUCAGCCACGUCUCUACACUGAGGGUUGGGGUCGCAAGAUCGCUUACUGCAUCGCCUUCUCGAUCGAGGGCGCGACCGAUGUCACCCGACGUUAUGUUCGAAGUCCAAGCAAGCACGGUUCUGCCCGCAACCGCGCUCCUGAAGAGGUCCUCCUGUGGGUGAUCCACGAGAUUCGGAACAAGCGUCGCGGAGAACUGGGCAAGACCGACCAGAAGCGAUUGAUUAAGGAGGACGAGCGGGAGGAGCGUGAACUCCGCGCCUACAUGGCCUCUGGCCUUGCUGCCGAGAUCAACAACCUCUUUCCUCUCAACCAGGUCCCCGACGAACAGAAGAUCCGUUCGUCUCACCAAGAGGCCGCUGCAGAGUGGCAGACCGGGGGGCGGUAA